CUCCCUCCCCUUCGGCUUUGCAGAGGUAUGGAAAGCCGGAGGAGAACAACACCGACGGAGACCGGGAAGGGAGGGAUCUUGCUUGCCUCUUUCCCCCUGCAAUGCCCUGAAAGGUCCGGGCUGCUCAUGGAUGCUCUCUCUUGCUGCUGCGGGUCUCUUCCCCUUUUGAUCUGAGCCCAGGCGCCGCUCCGAUUGGCUGCCUCCCUUGUGACGUCUGUAGGCUGCGGUGGUCCCUAUGUAGCCAAGCCUUGAGUUGCCUCCGUCCCCUUCCAGACCAGCACCAAAGGGAGAAGGGUGCAGGGAAGCGGGGGGAAGCUCGGCUCCUGCUUCCGUCUUUCCUUUCUCCUUUCCCCCCCUUUCCCGCCCCGAUCCUCCUUGAGAGGAGGGGAAAGGGGGGCAAAAACUCCUUCCCUCCCCCGCAGUCGUGAGGCAAGACCCACCUCCAAGAGCCAUGCAGCCCGCAAAGUUGGAAACCUAAGCUGAAACUACAUCUCCCUCUCUCUUCCUCUCCUUCCCCUCUUCCUUGCUUUUGCACAACCGGGAUCCGCUCCAAGGACGCACGGUUCUGUGCCAUUCUCCACAAAGUGAGUGGCAACCAUUGGGUCUGGAAUGGCAAGAUAGGCUUUGUACUGCAGCCUCAAGAUAAAACCAGCAAGACACAAGUGUGAAGCUAAGAGGCCCCAUGCAAAGAAAGUGUUAACUCCUAGGGAAUGUGCCAUUUGGGCAACUAGAACGCUGAAGAUGAAAAGGUGCUUUGAAGGUGUUGGGCUGCGGUGUUUCCUUCAGGAUGGGAGCAUGGCUGCCACCGCAAUGCAGAAAAACCUCCUUGUUUUUGACUUUGAUGAGACCAUCGUAAACGAGAACAGCGAUGACUCCAUCCUCCAGGUUGCUCCGGGGAAACAACUUCCGGAGUCGAUACGCCAAACCUUUCGAGAGGGAUCGUAUAAUGAAUACAUGCAGCGUGUCUUGAAGUACAUGGGAGAUCAAGGAGUGAAGAUGGCCGACUUCAAGGCAGUCUAUGAGAAGAUCCCACUUUCUCCUGGCAUGCGGGACCUCUUCCAGUUUCUCUCCAAGCAGCAGGACCACUUUGAAAUCAUCCUCAUCUCUGAUGCCAACAUGUUUGGCAUUGAAUGUGCCUUAAGGGCUGCUGGUGCCUAUUCCCUCUUCCGUAAGAUCUUCAGCAACCCUUCUAGCUUUGACAAGAGAGGCUACUUCACCUUGGGGCCCUACCACUCGCACAAUUGCCCACGAUGCCCAGCAAACAUGUGCAAACACAAGAUCUUGACGGAGUACCUGGCAGAGAGGGCUCGGGAGGGAGCCAGGUUCGAGCGGGUCUUCUAUGUUGGAGAUGGAGCCAAUGACUUCUGCCCUUCCACCGCUCUGAGAUCAAGUGAUGUUGCAUUCCCAAGGAAAGGCUAUCCCAUGCACCAGCUCAUCCUGGAGGUAGAUAAAAAUCAACCUGGGACCUACCAGGCCACCGUUGUCCCUUGGGACUCAGCCAUAGAAAUUUGCUGCUACCUUCAAGACGCUCUGAAGAAAAAAUGUUGAGGGAGGAGAGGACUUGGGAGAAGAAAAUGCUGCUUUUCAUCCACCCCCUGCAAGCAGUUCAGAAAAAUCUGAACAAUUAACAUCACACUUCUCUCAUGCUUGUCUUAACUCUGGGUUUUCUUCUUCCCAUUUCUCAAACUCUGGUCUCUGGAUAUUCCUUUCCUUCGGUCCUGAGACAAGAGCUUUCUAUGCAGUUAAGCAAUCCAUUCAAGGAAGGGUGGGUGGAUGCUUUAGCCAUUUAAAUUUUUCCCCCUCCAUGUUUUUAAAAGCUUACUUUAGCAUUCCCUAAUAUCAUGUAUCUCUUCUAUCUCAAAUUACUCAUCAGAAGCACUUUGGUGAGGGCAUGGUUUCUGUUUCCACCAAUGCACUUAACAGUUGGAGAUUAUGGGACUGUACUAGGAAAAAUUUUAAGGACUCCAUUCUCUCUGCAAAGCAAAAUGCUCCCCAAAAUCUCCCCCAGAGUCAUAAGGAAUUUUGCCAUGUUUAGUUCCGACUCUGGGCUACGAGAGACCUUUUUUACCGCAGGAAGUUAUCCAGAAGUCACUUUCAGAUCACUUCUUGUUUUUAAUAAGUGUCUCCUGGCCCCUAAAAUAGCCCACGCUUUCUUCCAUGUUAAAAUUGUAUACUUAACCCCCCUAGAGCAGAGCUUUCCAAACAUUUCAGGUUUGUGACAUACUUUUUAGCCAUGCAUCAUUUUGCGACACAGUAAUUCAGUUUUACUGCAAAGUAUUAGAAACCCCCUGGUGGUGCAGCGGGUUAAACCACUGAGCUGCUGAACUUGAUCAAAAGGUUGGCAAUUCGAAUCCAUGGAGCAGGAAGAGCUUCAGCUCUUAGCCUCAGCUUCUGCCAACCUAGCAGUUCGAAAACAUGCAAAUGUGAGUAGAUGAAUAGGUACUGCUCCCGCAAGAAGGUAAUGGCGCUCCAUGCAGUCAUGCCAGCCACAUGGCUCUUCGGCUUAGAAAUGGAGAUGAGCACCACGCCCCAGAGUCAGACACGACUAGACUUAAUGUCAAGGGGAAACCUUUACCUUACCUUUUAGUAGAGAUAUAGACCCAUACAGAAAUUGUAAUAAUGAACAUAUCCCAUAAAAACUUCAUUUAUAUUUUUUAAAAUAUAUGAUUUGUAAGAUAAUAACAUACAUUUCCAAGGUUUUUGUCCUUUCCUGUUGCAUUCACAUGACACACCUACACACUACAGUCGAUACACUAAUGUGUCACGAUGCAUAGUUUAGAAAGCUGUGUCCUAUAGAACUUUGGGGACAAUUGAAAAAAAAUGAGCCUCUGAAUCAGGCAUAGAAAAACUUUGGCUCGCCUGGGGUUUUGGACUUCUACUCCCACAAUUCUUAACAGCCUCAGGCCCCUUCCCAUUUUCCCCUCAGCCGCUUAAGUUUUACCUACUCUGGAUACAUGGCCAGAGUAUCUUCUGUAUGGCUCCAGAAGAUUCUAGGACAUCCAAUUCUCUAAAGCAGUGGUUCUCAACCUGUGGGUCCCCAGAUAUUUUGGCCUUCAACUCCCAUAAAUCCUAACAACUGGUAAAGUGGCUGGGAUUUCUGGAAGUUGUAGGCCAAAACACCUGGGGACCCACAGGUUGAGAACCACUGCUCUAAAACAUGGUGCUCCAUGACACCUUGGUAUAGUAAACAAUGCAAAGACUGUAA